GAGAGAGCCGGGAGAACUUGGCUGUCUGCCCUGUCUGCAAGUACCUCGUCUUCUUCCUGGAGAGAAAAAGCAGAAGACAAUACAAAGAUGUCCAAGAUGGCGGAGGAGAAGGCGGCGGCAGUGGGCGGACUCGGAGGAGCCGGGGCGGCGGACGCGGCGCAGCAGCAGCAGCUGGCAGCAGGGGAGGCCGCGGCGGCGCGGGUGCGGCCCGUGGAGACGCUGCUUCGCGCGGCACCGCUGGGGCUCUGCGUGGCCGCCAUGACCGUCAUGCUCCGUAACCAGCAGAGCAACGAGUACGGCGCCGUCGCCUACUCCGACCUGGGAGGCUUCAAGUACCUCGUCUACGCCAACGGCCUCUGCGCUGCCUACUCGCUGGUAUCCGCGUUCUACACUGCCGUGCCGAGGCCUGCCACCGUGUCGCGCUCCUGGCUCGUCUUCCUCCUCGACCAGGUGUUCACGUACCUGAUCCUGGCGGCGGGCGCAGCGGCGGCGGAGCUGCUGUACCUCGCCUACAACGGUGACAAGGAGGUGACGUGGAGUGAAGCUUGCGGCGUUUUCGGCAGCUUCUGCCGUCAGGCGCGCACCUCCGUCGCCAUCACCUUCGGCACCGUCCUCUGUUUCAUCCUCCUGUCCCUCAUCUCCUCGUACCGCCUUUUCAGCGCCUACGAGGCGCCCCCGUCGUCGGCGCUCGGCAGCAAGGGCGUCGAGAUCGCCGCCUACCCGCGCUGAAGCCGCUGGAGGAAGGCCUCGUUGCAAAUCUCUGUUAUGCGUAGUCGAUCAUGUAAUAAUGGCUUAUCGCAUAUAUACUUCGUUGAUAGUUUGCUGUCACAUAUGAUUAGUACAGUGCUGCUGCUGCUGCUGCUAAAUUGUGCUUGACUGGGUAAUUAUAUAGUUUGCAUC